CAGACCGGGAUUCGAACCUGUAACCCUCUUGCUAUGAGGCGACAGAGCAGCAACAGGGCGACGACAUGACGACAAAUAUGUUGACUGUUUAACAAAAUGAAUAGCACGUUUUGUAGAUUUUUCUAACAUGAACAGUUCUAAAGCAAUGGGUGGGACGGUGUAAAGUCGGAGCCGGGAGGGGGGGCAUGCGUUAAAUAUCACGCAUGCGCAGUUACAUACCGGCGACGGCUGUACAAACGGUGGCCUAGCGAGUAAGGGGAUUAAGAGCCCGAUUUGACAGGCUGCACAAUGAGUCAGGGUAAGGACAAUGCACGACUCAAGAGCUACAAGAACAAGUCCCUCAACACAGAUGAAAUGAGAAGAAGGAGAGAAGAGGAAGGCCUACAACUCCGCAAACAAAAGAAGGAUGAACAGCUGUUUAAGAGGAGGAAUGUUGCCACAGUGGAGGAUGAUGGCAUCCCAGAAGAUGAUGGGAUGGCUGAUAGCGGCUACCUUGAAUCCCAGGCUAACAACAUGGACCCACUUACGGCUGGGGUGAUCUCUGAAGAUAUGACUCAAAUGAUCUUCUCCAGUUCACCUGAGCAGCAGCUUAUAGGUACUCAGCGUUUCAGAAAGCUCCUUUCUAAAGAACCCAACCCACCCAUCGAUGAAGUCAUUGCCACUGCAGGGGUGGUGGAGCGCUUUGUUGAGUUCCUGAAGAGGAGAGAAAACUGCACAUUGCAGUUUGAGGCUGCAUGGGUGUUGACCAACAUUGCAUCAGGUACAUCCCAUCAGACUCGGGUGGUGAUCCAGGCAGGAGCUGUGCCCAUUUUUAUAGAGAUGCUUAGCUCGGAUUUUGAAGAUGUACAGGAACAGGCAGUGUGGGCCUUGGGAAACAUAGCAGGUGAUAGCACAGAAUGCAGAGAUUUUGUCAUAGACUGCAACAUUCUGCCUUCCCUGGUGCAGUUGUUGGCCAAACAGAAUCGUCUAACGAUGAUGAGAAAUGCAGUGUGGGCACUGUCAAACUUGUGCAGAGGAAAGAACCCACCUCCGGACUUCACUAAGGUGUCCCCGUGUCUCAGUGUGCUGUCAUGGCUGCUGUUCGUCAAUGACACAGACAUCCUGGCUGAUGCAUGCUGGGCACUUUCCUACCUAUCUGAUGGCCCCAAUGACAAAAUCCAAGCUGUUAUUGACUCUGGAGUCUGUCGCAGGCUGGUGGAGUUGCUGAUGCACUCUGAUUAUAAGGUGGUAUCCCCUGCACUGCGCGCUGUUGGGAACAUAGUCACUGGAGAUGAUCUACAGACGCAGGUGAUUUUGAACUGUUCAGCACUGCAGUCCCUUCUUCACCUCCUGAGUAGUCCCAAGGAGUCUAUCAAGAAAGAAGCCUGCUGGACGAUCUCUAACAUCACUGCAGGGAACCGAGCACAAAUACAGAUGGUGAUAGAUGCAGGUCUGCUGCCUCCUCUCAUCACUAUCCUGCAGGUAGCAGAGUUUCGCACAAGGAAGGAGGCAGCCUGGGCCAUCACCAAUGCCACUUCGGGGGGCUCUGCAGAGCAAAUAAGGCACCUAGUGGAACUUGGUUGUAUAAAACCUCUGUGUGAUCUGCUCACACUGAUGGACUCCAAAAUAGUUCAGGUGGCUCUAAAUGGGCUGGAGAAUAUCCUGCGACUGGGAGAACUGGAGGCCAAGAGGGGAGGAGGCAUCAACCCUUACUGUGCUCUCAUUGAAGAAGCCUAUGGUCUAGAUAAGUUGGAGUUCCUGCAGGGCCACGAGAACCAGGAAAUAUACCAGAAAGCUUUCGACCUGAUUGAGCGCUACUUCAACACUGAAGACGAGGACCCGUCUCUGGCUCCCGCCGUGGAUCUGCAGCAGCAGCAGUUCCUCUUCCAGCAGUGUGAGGCCCCGAUGGAAGGUUUCCAGCUAUAAUGCCUCACUCCCUCCGUGCUCCACCAUCAUUCUCACCUCUGCUCAUUUCUCUCACUCUCUGCCCACUGCCAUGAUCAAGGGUUACGACUGCCCUCGGCUCCCCUCCUCCUUUUCCCUCCUCAUUGUCAGAGAGAUCAAUGUAAUCAUUAUCAUGAUUAUGAAAAAUGUAACAUUAUGGGAGCACGUGUGUGCGUACGUCCAACGUGGGUCACGUUCUGCAGUCUUGUCAGCCAGUUUGUGAAGGUUUCACUCAUCAUUCUGUCACCUCUGCGCCUGAACGCCACCUAUCUGCUCAGGCUCAAGCGUCGUCUUCUAGUAGAUUGUCCCUGUAACAGCCCUACCGUCUUACGUUUUGGAUUUCGUCCUCAGCUCAUCCCAAAUUAAUAGCACCUCUUCCGGUAGGAUUGACGAUGCCGAUCUCUGAUUAAACGGGAGUUUGUAGGACUGCGCUGCUUGUCUGAUUGAAGCAUUAAGGACUCGCAAGACAGACAAACAUUUUUACCCCACCGCCCCACCCACACACAAACAUAGAGAAGAAUGAUUUAACCUAAACACUGGACUGACUUUGAGACGUUGACCACACAUUUGUGGUCUUUGGACUGAACUGCCCACAUUGUGGCCAUGUGGCCUGUCCCAACCCAAGGACUCAACUGACCUCUACAAAGGCACUUAAUUGACCCAAAAGAUGGAGGAUGAAUUCCCUCACUUCCUCUCUACGGGCAAUGAAUAAGUGACCACAGAUGGACAAAUUAGGGACUUGACCGUGUCGCUGAGGGGUGGAGCUUGUCUGUGACAAACAAGGCUGCUUGCGUUCUCUCCUGGAUCUCAUAUCAUGCAUUCCUUUAUCCAGUAACGGGAUUUCCCACCUGUACAGGCUCCAGCCUGAAGAGUUUAGACUGCCUGCCGCCUCUGGUGUGAUGUGAAUAACCCCGUGGAACCAUGGGAAUUGGAGUCUUCCCUCGCACUGAGACAAUUGGACAGACUUUGACAAGACAAAACAGACUAAUUUAACUCUGGAAUUUGUCCAGCAGGAGACCAGCGGGAAUUUUUAUUAUCUUCAAAAAUUUCAUUUCAUUUGCAGCACUUUAGUUCAGGACUGACGCUUGCUCUUUGAGAAUAUACCAUAGUUUUUACAUUAAUAACUAUUUAAUUGGUUGAUGACAUGGGUCUGCCCUCCUCAGGAAGUGAGGCAUUAAGAGAUAUGGUCUGAAUCCUCUGUCCCCUUCUGGUAUGAAAAGGAUUACAAUGUACUUCACUGUUUACUGCUCCCACAAAGGGACUCAAACAGAUCGUGGACUGAAACUCUUAGCACACUAAUUACAAUCAGUUAAUCAUGCUGCCUCAUCAGAGAUGGAAAAACAUUAUUGUGACAAAGUAAAUGAGAAAUUUUCUUUUGGAAAAUUGGCUGUGAGCAGUCUUAAAACAAGAUUUUUCAACGCAUGUUCAGGUAGUAUUUUCCAAUAUAUUAUGCCAAAUCAUCGGCACAUGUUUUGGCUAUUGGGCUUAACGUUGGUCUUUUUUUAAAAACUUAAUAUUUUUUAGUUGGGGUUUGCAUCUCUCAUGUUGCUGAUGGUGCCAUAAUCCUUAUUCUGCAGAAAUCCUUCCAGAUUAUUUCAACAAAUAUCCAGAUUAAAACUUGAAAAUACUGGUGAUCUCCUUAGUUAGCAGAACUGAAUGUUUGUUUACCAAGUCCUCUUUACAUUGCUUACUUUUGUCGAAAUCUCUGCAAGAGAUGACCAGCGCUACAUGUUAAUUACUGUUUGUUGUACUGAGUUUGUGCAGCUGUCCCGUUAUUCCAUUUGCAUAAAAGCUGUUUCAUGAAA